AUGCACAUCAAAAAGAUAGUGAUUCAGGGGUUCAAAACGUACAAGAACCUCACCGCCAUCGAAUUCUUGAGUCCGCACUGUAAUGUCGUCGUUGGAAGAAACGGAUCGGGAAAAUCAAACUUCUUUGCAGCCAUUCGGUUCGUCUUGAGCGAUGCUUACACCCACAUGACGAGAGAAGAACGACAAGCGUUGAUCCACGAUGGCUCGGGAACAAUCAUGUCCGCAUAUGUCGAAGUGAUAUUUGACAACUCCGACGGCAGGUUCCCCUUGGGUAACCCCGAGAUUUCCAUCAGACGUACCAUUGGGCUCAAAAAGGAUGAUUACUCACUAGAUGGGAAAUCUGCUACACGGUCAGACGUGAUGCAUCUUUUGGAAAGUGCCGGGUUUUCUCGGUCCAACCCAUACUACAUUGUGCCGCAGGGGAGAAUCACCAGUCUCACCAAUUCCAAGGACCAUGAGCGGUUGGCGUUGUUGAAAGAGGUCAGCGGCGCCACCGUGUUUGAAAACAAGUUGAAAGAAUCCAUGCGGGAAAUGGCUCAAUCAAACCUCAAACGACAACGGAUUGACGAAGCGUUGGCUAGCAUCCAGGAGAGGAUCAGCGACUUGCAAAUUGAAAGUGCCGAUUUGAAAGAUUUUCAAAGCUUGGAGAGACUGAAGAAGAUUUUGGAGUACAACAUUUUCAAUCGCGAAAUCAACGAGUUGACCGAGUCGAUUGAGGACUUGGAGCUGAGACAUCGUGAGAUUAUGAGCGAGUCGCAAAACGACUUGAACACCAUGGAAAAGAGGGAGUCGUUGUGCAUCAACCUUCAAAACUCGAUAAAAGAGUUGAACAUGAACAUGAACGUGGUGGAAAUCGAAAAAGACGAGGCUGAUUUAGAACUCAACCGGUUGUUGAAACUCGCGGCAGACAAAGAAAUCAAGUUGAAUGAAAUGCGCGAAACGGUGGAAUCUUCAAACGAAAAGUUGGACCUUCUUGCAAGAGAAAUCGCAGAGAAUCGGAAAGAACAGGAAACCGCCAACAAGCGCAUCACUGAGAGUAAGCCUCGAUUGGCUAUUUUGCAAGAGGAGGAAAAUAAGCUCAAGCUGCGGUUACUGGAUUUGACCGCUGAGCAAAGAGCGUUGUAUUCAAAACAAUAUAGAUCUGAGAAAUACGACACCAAGGAGCAGCGUGACUCGUGGCUAACCAAGGAAAUCUCAAAGUUGAAAAAAGCUUUGAAACUGAAGGACCAAGAGGCGCAGCAGUUGAAGCUAGAACUUGUAACAAAUGAAAGUCUGGAAAAGAAAUUGUCCGCCAGAAUUGCAGAAGUUGAAAAAUUUUUAGAGGAUAAAGACCAUUCUAACCAAAUUUCAGAACUUAAAGCUAGUAACCAGGAAUUGAAAAGCAAAAUCAGCGCGUGCUUAGACACUCGGAAGGAGUUAUGGAGAGACGAGGUUAAGUUAAAGAGCAUGUGCGACUCGUUGACCAACGACCUUAAUAAUGCGACAAACUUGGUGAAUCAAACCAUGAGCCGCGACCAAUCGCGCGGAAUCGCGUCGGUGAGUCAAAUUGCCAAAAAAUUGAAGCUCGAGGAUAACGUUUAUGGAACUGUUGCUGAGUUGUUUCACAUCAACGACAAGUAUAAAACGGCAGCGGAGGUUAUUGCUGGAAACGCGCUUUUCCACGUUGUUGUUGACACUGAUGCCACUGCCGCAUUGCUUAUUGAGGAAUUGAACAGAAGCCAGUCAGGGAGAGUUACAUUUAUCCCGUUGAACAGAACGGAGUUGGUGGUGACCGAGUACCCGGACUCUCUGGAGUACCAGUGCAUUCCCUUGAUUUCCAAAAUCAGAUAUAGUGACGAAAAUGUCGAAAAGGCUAUGCGCCAGAUUUUUGGAAAAGCGUUGGUGGUGAAGGACUUGUACAAAGGUGCCGAGAUAGCAAGGAAGUUCAAAUUGACGGGGAUAACGUUGGAUGGUGACCGGGUCGAUGUUAAAGGUGUGAUAUCUGGUGGUUAUCGGGACUACAAGAACUCGCGUAUCGACGCGUUAAAGUUCCAGAGCAAGACGAGAAUGGAAUCGGCCCAAAAGGAAGCAGAACUUUUGGAGACUGGCCAAAAAUUAGCCGACGUGAACCAGCAAAUCAUGUCUUUGAACAACGAAUUGCAACUCAACCUCCGUGACUUGGAUAAAUUGGCUGGUUCUAGAGAGCCUUUCAAGAUAGAGUUGUCGCAAUUGAGCUCGAAAAAGUUGAAUAUUGAUGAAGUGAUUUCCUCGUUGAAAUUGAACUUGGAGUCGGUGGAGUCUGCCAAGAACUUGAUCGCGUCCAACUUGAAACACCACGAGCAAGAGCUCAACUCUGAGUUUGCAAAGUCGUUGAGCGACGACGAGCACGAAAAGCUCACCUCCUUGAAUACCGAGAUUGCCAGUUUGGAAAGCAUGUUGGACGAAGUAGUUGCAGAGUCCUCGGUGCUUCAGGCAACCACAAAUGAAUUGUUGAGCGUGAUGGAGAAUUUAAAACAAGCGGAAAGCUCCUUUUUGCAGCUGCGAAAUUCUUUAGGCGACAGAGAAGGCAACAUGCAAGAAUUGGAAGAGUUGGCCCACGAGUUUGCAAAUGUUCAAUCAAAAUUGGAAUCGGCACGAGCUUGUAGUGAGGAAUCGAGCGAAAUACAUAAAAAGAUUAGUGACGAAAUUGCCCGGAGCGAAGAAAGUUUGAAGAAAUCGAACCAGCAACAAGUUGAGACAUUAAAGAGCUAUGAGAAUUACAGUAAAUACAGCGCCAAGUUGUUGAACCAAAAGCUGAUCAAAGAGCAGAUUAAAGAGGAAGUGAAUAAAAAGAUACGGGACUUGGGGGUUUUACCUGAAGAAGCGUUCAACACGGAACUUUACCAGGACCAGACUUUGGACAGGUUGAUCAAGCAGUUGAAGGAGGUGAAUGAGAAUUUGGUCAAGUAUUCCCAUAUCAACAAAAAGGCCAUGGAGCAGUAUAACCAGUUUACAAAACAGCAAGAGGAGUUGAUUUCAAGAAAGGAGGACUUGGAUGUCUCAAAGCGGUCAAUCGAAGAUCUAAUCAGCAAUUUGCAGCAGCAGAAGAAGGAUGCAAUCAUGGCAAGUUUCCAACAAGUGGCAAGGGCAUUUCAUGAGAUAUUUGAGAAAUUAGUGCCUCAGGGAGUGGGCCAUUUAACUCUUCAAAGGAAAACCGCCGCCAACACCCAAACGCAGACGCAAACGCAGGACUCGCAGCUUGAUGAAACUGGCGAUGAUACAACUGAAGGCGAGGACACCAUUGACAAUUACACGGGUGUAGCAAUUUCUGUUUCUUUCAAUUCCAGAGACGAUGAACAGCAGAAGAUUGAACAGUUGUCAGGUGGGCAGAAAUCACUUUGCGCAAUUGCCUUGAUCUUUGCCAUACAGAGCUGUGACCCAGCACCGUUUUACUUGUUUGAUGAGAUUGAUAGCAAUUUGGAUACUCAGUAUCGUACCUCGGUGGCUUCAUUGAUUAAAAGCUUGAGUAGCGAGGCUCAGUUUAUCUGCACUACAUUUCGACCAGAGUUGUUGUCGUUGGCUGCUGAUACAUUCUAUGGAGUUGUCUUUACGAAUAAAGUGAGCAACAUCAUUGAGAUUGACAAAGAAGAAGCGAUGAACUUUGUCGAGGGACAAGCUCAAAGUUGA